AUGGAUGGUGGCUCGAUGUCUGACUUUGAGGAUGACAUCGGCGACGUUACAGGAGUUCCUGAGUGGUAUCUUGAUGUUUACCGCGAGAACCUCUGGUACAUACACUCAUACUAUAACAGACUAUAUCUACAGAUUAUCACAAACAAAGACGCCAAUGCGCUUGAGUAUGGUCUCCUGCGUCUUCCGAUUUUGAGAAGAGUAACAAUCACUCCCGCAACUCAUGGAGUGCCUGGACGACCGCUAUAUCCCACACCCACAAUCAGAUCACUCCAUGGGCUUGUAUACCCUCUUGAGCGUAGCUGGCCUGUGAUGGGGGGCCAGUGGCGUGGCUAUCUACUCGUAAGCCGUAUCCUUGCCCAGCACUUGCGUAACAACCCGGGAAGCAAAGUUACAAAUCUAAUCGUCGAUACCAAUCAACUCCGAACUGGGAUCAGCUGUCGUAUUUUCGAUGGACCCGACAACAACAACGAGAGGAGCGACUUGAUCACUAUUUUAAGUCAGCCUGGGUUCCCGCAUCUUGACCUCUCCCUACACUGCGCCGCUCUGUACCAGCUUGAUGGGCGUUCUUUUCGCAGUGGCCAUUUGCGAAAUUUACUUGCUAUGGCGCCGGAUCCCCAGCAUAUUAGUCUUUAUACCAAUAUCGCAAUUCUCGAAGACCCUAACGAUGACGAAGAUGUCGAACGGUAUGUGAUUCCUCUACGCAGUAUCUUUCCUAUCAACGACUGGCACCAACUUCGACAUUUUGGCCUAUCCCGUUUCCAUGUUAAAAAGGACGACGUUAUUGAGUUUCUUGGAGAAUUGCCAAUGACAGUCAUGUCGGUCGAGUUGAGCUUUCUCAUAUUUCUUCUAGACUAUGGUGACUACCACGCUUUAUUGCAGGAUAUGCGAAAGAUGCUGGGCUGGCGUAAGAGGAAAGCAGCGGACCAGCCCAAGAUAACUGUUCGUGUGGAUGAAGAAGGGGAAGAGGCUCUGGACACUUUAAGAAUGGACGUCAGCCGUGAGGUAGUCGAUUUCAUGUAUCACGACGGUGAAAAUCUAUUCGUCGAAGACGAAGGAUUUACUUAUUUUGUAGAAAUUUCUCAGGGUACUGGAAUACGUGUGGAUGUGUUUGGGCCUGAUUACAAAUGA